AUGAGUUCUGUAUCGCAGUCCGUGUCUAUACCGCAGCCUUCACAGACGUACAGCCGGGGUGCUGACGGUUGUGUGGUGUGCCCCACUUCCGUGGCGUGUCCUACUUGCGCAGAGGACGAGAACUGUGUGCUCACGGCGCUGACCUGUGACACAUGCCCUUACACAUACUGUGCGAAGAAGUCCAGUCUCGCGAUCGGGAGUCUCUCCGGCGUGGACGCCAACGGUAACGCCCUGAAUGCGACGAACAGCUCUGGGAGCUCGACGAACUCCCACAAGGGCCGUGUGAAUAUACCGGGGAUCGUGUCCGGUAGUGUUGUCGGGUUCCUUGUGCUGGUGCUGGUGCUGGUGAUAGUGUACUUCUGGAAGAGAAGGAAGCGGUUCGCCAGGGAGGGCAAGCUGCGUGCGUACAAGCUGAGCAGGGGCCGCAGGGGCCCCAACAGGGUCGGUGGUAAGAACAGCGGGGAUGGCGAAGACGGCGAAGAUGGUGCUGGAGGUGAUGGGAUCAAAUGGGACUCCGACAUUGAGAACGAGCUGGAUGAUGAUGACCUAGACCUGGAUAUAGACGACGAUGACGAUGACGAAGAUGACGACGACGACGAAGACGACGAAGACGAUAUCGAUGACGGGGCGGGACCAAGACACCUGUAUGCUGCCCAGCCUCAUAUGCGACAACGGCUGAAAGACAUAGUGGAGGAAGGAGAUGACAUGAAUGUGAGCGGUCCCGUGGGUCUAGAUGCGCUGCGGAAUGGUCAAACAGUGGAGCAGUUCAGGCUGAGGCCCAUGCGUCCGUUGAAGGCAGCGAGCGACGCACAGAGUAUAUACAGUAACAACACAGUGCACACGAAGGCGUCGUCGAAUGUGUUGCCGAUUGCUUAUAUUCCGGGUGUUACCAUCAACCAGAUGCAACCGCAUGUGAAGCCUGGAUAUAGGCCGCACAGUCGUGCUGUGAGGGGCCGGCUGAACCACGACGACGUGCGCUCACACAUCACAUUGGGGUCGUCUAUACUGGGUAGCGAGGACAACUUUGACCUCGAGUUUGACCAUAGUGUCACUCCGGUUCCAGUGAAGCCGGAGAUGGAGAAAGCGGAGAAGCCUGCCACGAACCUGACCACUGCGAUACGUGCCAAGCCUCGGCUAAUAACAAUCGAUGGCAAGGACCCACAAGACGCCAGUGAAGGUAUGCCAGAAGAGACGCAAGAUGUGCAAGUGCCAGAGCAGCACGAUGAUGUGCAUAGCAGUGGGUCCAGCACGGAGAGUUUCACCAUAGACCUGGACAUAUCACUGCCGGAAGACGAGUCGCCCUUUGGAGACCAGCACCAGAUAGUUAACUAA